UUGGCAACUAUUCAGAUUGGAAAUUUCAUAGUCAUGCCCUGUGAAUGUUUGGACAAACAUAAAAUUUUACUACUUUAUAUUUUUGAUAACCAGCUGACGAAGUCUUUCAACAACCGACUUGUUUCACAGAAAAAUGUGAUGAGAACUUACGGUAAUGGUAAACCAGUGGGGUACGCAGAAGAUAUGUUGUGCGUUGAAGGAAUAUGGCGCCCAAAUAUGACGAUGGGGUUGCUUCAGUUCGAUUCGGAAGAAACAGCACUGCGGUGGCGACAGAGUGAUCCGCAAUUCCGAAAAAGUGAUUGGCUGGAUGAUCAUGAUCUGUGGGUGCUCCCCUUGCACCAAGAACUGGAGACCUAUGCGUGUUUCGAAUUGGACAUGUUCAAAGUUCCUGACCCCAACCAAUUCGAAAAUGAAUUUUUGCCCAAGUGGGAAGAAGCGAUACGCAAAGCCGGAGGAACACCGGGAGUGGUCAGUACUGGGACCGUGAAAAUAUGGCGAGGAAUGCAUGACGUAGACCAUGUAUUUUUAAGUCAGUGGCCGACAGAACUGGUCGCAUCAGAGUGGCACAGAAGCGAUGAAGCGAUGCAACUGAAGAGUCACCAGCCACCGGUCGCUAACGGAUGUAUGACGAUAGCGAGGAUGCGCAUGUUUUGUUAACUUGGAAAACCUGUUUGCAGGCUCAAGAUCCAUCCGGGCUCCGAAACUGGGGAAAUUUGAACCGGGUCAUCGGUUGAUCAAUUUAGAAAUGACCACAACAGUUCUGAGGGCCUGAGACUCCAUUCAGUAUUUCGUCAACUGAGCUUUUGCAUUAUCAUUAGAUAGCCAGACAAGCCGUUGUAGUACUUAAGUAGAUCUGUGCCCGUGCACAGCUGUACAAUACAGCAAAAUCAAAUGGUUUCUGACGCUCAAGUCUUUACCAAAUUGGAAGAAUGGUACCGUUUCGGACAUUCAUGGAGAACUAAAGCAUAGAGCUUAUCAAGGUAAGGGUAGUAUGACAGUGUCCCAGUUCUCGCA